CUGACGCAACACUUUUUCUUUACUUUCAGUUUCUUUCUGAGACCCAAAACUUGUGGGAAAAACGUCUUUUUCUACUUUAAAUGAUGCUAAUCACGACGGCGAAGUCAUUUUUCUUCCUUGUUGUGGCCGUGCAACUUAACAAUGUGACUCCCGUGAUUCACACGCUGAAAUAUUUCCGCACGGCGUCGACAAGCAUCGCGGGCUUCCCGGAGUACAUCGAAGUGGGUUACGUGGACGGGGUUGAGUUCAUCCACUAUGACAGCCACAGCAAGAAAGCUCAAGCCAAGCAGCCCUGGAUGGAGAAAGUCACAGCAGACAAUCCUGGGUACUGGGAGACGGAGACGCUGAGAAAUACUGUCAAUGAGCACGUCUUCCAAGUCAACAUUGGAAUUGCCAAAAAGCGCUUCAACCAUACGACAGGUGUUCACAUACUCCAGUGGAUGUUUGGAUGUGAAUGGAAUGAUGAAAACAAUGAAGUGGAUGGCUGGAAUCAGCACAGUUAUGACGGAGAAGACUUCAUCUCACUGGAUACCAAGACCAUGACAUACGUCGCGGCAAAACAACAAGCUUUUAUCACCAAACUUAAGUGGGACCGCGACGAUGCCCGAAAAAAACACCGGAAGCAUUACUACACGGAGAUUUGUCCUUCCGAGUUGAAGAAGCUGGUGAACUACGGGAGGAACGACCUAUUGAGAAAACAGCUUCCAAAGGUGUCGCUCCUCCAGAAGACUCCGUCAUCUCCGGUCACCUGCCACGCGACGGGUUUCUACCCGGACACAGCUGACCUUUUCUGGCGGAAAGACGGCGAGCAGCUCCACGAGGACGUGGAGCUCGGCCAGACCCUCCCAAAUCAUGACGGAACCUUCCAGAUGACGGUGGACCUGAAGGUGCAGGUGACCCCAGAGGUGGACGGCCAGUACGAAUGUGUCUUUCAGCUGUCCGGUGUCAAGGAUGAAAUGGUCACCAAGCUGGAGAGAAGAAACAUCCUGAGCAACAUACGCAUUGAAGAAGAAGCAAAGAAGAAGAAGCACAUCGGCAUCGCUUCCUUGUUAGUGGUCGUCGCUCUGGUGGUCCUCAUUCUGACCGUCGUCUUCGUUGUCAAGCGGCGCAAAUGCAAACUUGAUGAUUACACUCCAGCAGAUAAAGGCGGUGAAGUCCAGCUCUCCGAGGCGAGUGACGAAACCUGAGCGAGAUAAAUCUGCUUGGGCGGGAUGCUCGUUUGGACUCUCAAUGGUUUGCAGAUUUUUAAUGAUAUUUUUUUGCAAAUAUUUGAGCGCUGGUGUUGGGAACAGGAGCGUGAGAAAGUAUCGAAACGGUGAUAUAUCAUGAAACUUUGUAUCACAAAAGGUUAUCGAUAAAGAUGUCCAGAUCGAUCGGGUCCGAUCACGUCAUUUUCAAAGUAUCGGAAUCGGCAAAAAAAUAUCGGACAUGCCUUUUUUUAAUAUAUACCCUAAUUUUCGGACUAUAAGCCGCUGCUUUUUUCCCUCAUUUUGAAUCCUUAUUUGAUGAUUUAUUUGGGUUAAUAGGUAAAACUUUAUUUGACAGCGGCAUCAUAAGACUGUCAUAAGAACGUCAUAAUUAUGACAUGACACUAUCAUGGGCAUGACUGAAUGCUUAUGACAGAUGUCAAUAUGUGUCAUGUGGCAUAUUAUGUCACUAACUGGCAUAUUAUGUCCAGCUCAGAUCUUUUACGUCCAUUCAAAAGUGAGAUAAUUUGCUGGAUGACACUAACCGACAUCUAUUAUAAGCAUUCAUUAAUGCUUAUGACAGUGUCAUGUAAUAAUUAUGACAGUAUUAUAGCACCACUAUCCAAGAAAAUGUUACCAAAUACAAUAGCUAGCAAUAAAUGAAACAACUGGACCAGUAACUGAAGAAUUAAUUAGCACAGAACAUGAAUUUUGAUUGUUAUUUACAUCUGUAGUGCCGCAAUGUAUGCUAGGAGGAAUGUUGGAUGUUGACAGAAGGUGGCAGCAGAGGUUGGCUGUCUCCCCCAAGGGAGCAGUGAUGGCCAAAUGAAGAUUUUUGAAACAAUAAGGCUUUGCAGCCAAUUGGUUCAAAGCUUCAUGGUGGUUCAUUUGAUUUCAUGACAUUCUUAUAAUGCCUUUGUCAAAUGAAGUGUUACCAGUUAAUAUCUUUUGGUGUAAAUAUCCCAUAAUACAGUGAUGACAACUGCGGCUUAUAGUCCAGUGCGUCUUAUCUAUGAACAAAUACUGUUUUCAUGUCAAAUUUGGUGGCUGGCGGCUUAUAGUCAGGUGCGCCUUAUAGUCCAGAAAUUACGGUAUAUAUUUUUUAAUUAAAUCGUUUUCUAAUUGUAUUUAACGUUACAGACAAAAUGUCUUACACUCAUCCAGUCUUUAGUUUUGGUUAUAAUUAGGGCUGUCAAAAUUAUCGCGUUAACGGGCGGUAAUUAAUUUUUUUAAUUAAUCACGUUAAAAUAUUUGACGCAAUUAACGCACAUGUCCCGCUCAGACAGUAUUCUGCCUUUUGGUAAGUUUUACAGUAAGGCUUUUUGUACAUGGUUUAUUGUUUUCUUGCCAGUUCACUAUGGCUACACGAUGUCUCGGGCUGAUAAUGUUGUGCUUAUAUGAUCCUUGGACAAGAUUUGUCCGUAAGUAUGGUUGUUGUGAAGAAUGUACAUAUUAUGUAAGUAAACGAAACGUUCUAUUUUUUGUAUGAGACGCUUUUUGUUUAUGUUUAGUGAACCUGUAUAGCGUGCUAAGCUAACGUUGUUGCUAAUGCAAUGCUUGGGUACUUUUUUUUGUAGUUUUACGACGCUCUAAAGAGGACAAUGGUUUGAGGCCAUUUUAUUAACAAAUAAGAGGAAAAAGGAAGAAGUCUGAUUAUUAAGGCGUCGUUCACUAGCUGUCUAGCUUUGGAAAAAGUAGACGCUUCGGAGUGAGGACAGCAUAGACAGAUUUAAAUGACAGAAGAGUGAAAUGCCCACUACAGUCCUUAUGUACCGUAUGUUGAAUGUAUAUAUCCAUCUUGUGUCUUAUCUUUCCAUUCCAACAAUUUAUUUUACAGAAUAUAUAUAUAAUUUACAGAAAAAUAUGGCAUAUUUUAUACAUGGUUUGAAUUGCGAUUAAUUACGUUUAAUUAAUUUUUAAGCUGUAAUUAACUCGAUUAAAAAUUUUAAUCGUUUGACAGCCCUAGUUAUAAUUAUUUUUUUUUUAAAAUUACUUUAAAAUAAUUAAUGCAAUUAACGCAUGCGCUAAACGAGCCACUCACGCAUUGUCGUGUUCAAUCUAUAAUAGCGCCGUUUUACCUAUAUAUAGAGCUAAAAGGCAGGGUAAAACGAGUAGAGUGAAUUUUGGCAGUCUUUGGCACCUUUUUUUAAUUGGCUAAAGCCUUAAAAUCCCUCUCUCAACAAUUUGAAAAAUCGUUGGAAAGCAAUGUAGGGAAGAAAGGUAGUAGUUGAUCUUUUUCUUUACACCCUAUGUUAUUUCCCAACCCAGAGAAGAUAUAUCAAUUGGUGCCAAUACGCACAGUCAUGGUUGCACUUCCCAUCAUGCAUUUGGGCAGAAGUUAAAUGGCUACAGUGUCAUUUACUGAAAGCUCAACAAAUACACUCGAUGGCAAUAUUUAGUCACAAUAUACAAAGUCACAUUUAUCCUUUAAGAAUUACAAGUCUUUCUAUCCGUGGAUCCCUUUCACAGAAAGAAUGUUAAAAAUGUAAAUGGCUUCUUGAGGAUUUAUUGUCAUAAUGAACAAAUACAGUACUUAUGUACUGUAUGUUGAAUGUAUUCGUCCAAGUUUUAAUCAUUUUUUUUCUUAAUGCAUUGCCAAAAUGUUUAUGAUCGGGAAAAAUUAUCAGGAAUGAUUGGAAUUGAAUAAGGAGCAAAAAAAAAAGCAAUCGGAUGGGGAAAUAUCGGGAUCGGCAGAUACUCAAACUAAAACAAUCAGGAUCGGAUCGGGAGCAAAAAAACAUGAUCGGAACAACCCUAGUUGUGUCUGUUGCCAAGUUGUAUUAAAAGUGCCAAAGACCAACUCCACUCUCUGCUCCUUGUGUUCUAACCGACACUGAAUGAACCAUAAAACUUAUUGAACCCAGAACCUCAUACAGUCCAAUUAGUCCAAAUUAGAAUCAAUAAUAGAAUCGAAUCGUUAAGCAAUAUCGAUAAUCGAAUCGGAAUUGUAAAAAUCUUCUCAAUUCCCAUCCCUAACAGGAAGUGACCUAUAAAUCAAGCAUGAAAAUCUCUCACCUUUCGGGGAAAUUCGCCGUUUUGAAGUCAAAAAGGGCGACCUACGUGAAUUGCGUAGAUCCGAGGAGAAAUUCUUUUUGGGAGGAGGGGGGGGGUCGGGAGGUUUUAUUAAAUUAUUAUUAUUAUUAUCAUCAUGUGAUUAACUUAGUACGUAAACUGAUCGGUUCUUUAAAAAAGUGACACGGACAGUCAGCAAAUCCUUCUAGAUGCUUCGCUGACGAGAACCAAUCAUCGGCCCAAUCUGCGUUCCAUUAUUCCAAAUGCGCGCACUCCUUACGCGUGUACAUGGAGUGCUCGGAGAGCCUUCGGUUGAAUUGCAAAGCAGCGAAAACAAAAAGCAGGCCUUAUCCACAUCGGGGCAGACCAGAGCGCAGCAUACACACUUGCCUGUAUUUGCCAGCAGAUUGAAUUUGGUCAGUAAUGGUUUCAAUCGUUUUCACGUUUUGCGAUAUAAAAAAGUUACUGCCAUUCGUUGCAGCUUGCGUUGAACACUGCCAGAGCUAGCCAAAUCUCCCAUGAAAAAAAAUAGCUCCCGUUAAAUUGGCGUCAAGCUUGUGUAUUUAACGGUAAUAUAAACGAAGAAACACACUGUUGAGUCAAAUUAAGUGGCAUUCUCUCGGAUGGAGGGGGCGCCUCACAUCGCUCCCGUCGUCCGCCGGAGACGCGUUAUUUUCGGCUUGGAUUUGAGCUGACGGCCGGUGUCGGCACAACAGCGGCCCGACGAGUGGUGGGAAUGAGUCCUGCUUCUUAAAGCUUUUCAGAAAUACAGGGAUCCUUCGUUUUUCGCGGUUAAUGGGGACCAGAACCCGCCGCAAUAAGUGAAAACCGCGAAGUAG